AUGGGGUGCAGCGCUUCCAAGAGCAAGGAGGUCAAGCCUAGCGGGGGGCCAGGGGCUUCGUCCGCUACCGCCAGCAACGCUAUCGGCGCGUGUGCCAACGGCACCUACGCUCAAAAACCCGCUACUGAAGCAGCGGCUGCGGACACGGCGCAGCCCAGCCAAAACGGUACCACGCUGUCAGCGAACAAGUCGCCUAGUAACCACUCAGUGGAGGCCCCCACUGGUCGUGCGGCCGACGCUAGUCGUGACAACAAAAACACCAACGGGGAUUCAACUGAGGCGCCCGACAAGGGCCCGCGCCAAAACGGCGCUGGAUUGAGCAGCGGCGAUUUGGACGAGAACGGCAACGCCGUUUUGCUGCCAAAGGGCGUCUGGGUCAAGACGGAGGGAACACCCUACUACUACUGCGCCGAGGAGAACCUAUACUUCCACCCGCCUAGCUGCCAAUUCUACGACCCCACAAACGAGAUGUGGUACGACCCGGAGAAGGAUGAGUGGUACCGCGACGAUGGCUCGGAUGCCGAGGCUGCUUAG